AAUCUAGAAUAACAACACCCUUAAUGCAGUAGAUGAUGUAUGCUUGUCGCCUGAACCGGUCAAGUGAUAAGUAUAGAUCAUCUACUGCAUUAAGUGUGUUGUUAUUCUGGAUUGCUAUAUUACCCCAUGAAGAAUGCGGCACAAAAGAAGUACAGCCACCACCUUGGGGCGAGUGGGUAUAAGAAGGCAAUUAAGAAAUGGCAGAAGAUAGAGCAGGACUUUAUGGAUAGAGGCAUCCGGGCGGCGACUUGGGACUGGCCGGAUAGAUCGAAGUGGUGGUUAUUUGCUAACGGUGUGACACUAAACCAAUUGGAUGGAAAUUUGGUUGUGCCGGAGCAAAUGCAAGAAGUGGCCCACGAUUUGGUCACAGCAGUAGAUGAGGCCAAACAAGGAACAUUCCAGCCUCAAUGGGAGAAUGAUGAGCUGACUAGGGCAUUAAAGAAUCCCGAACACCCUGGACGAGCCCGCGGCAUCGGCGUGGUCCCAUGGAAAGUUGCUUGGACCGGAGAUAGCUUUUACAAGACUCAUCGAAAGAGCAAGGCAGAACAGGAUGAGAAAAUCCGUGCCUUGCAAGAAGAGAUGAACAAGAAGGUUGCGUCACUGGAAUCUCAGAUGGACGCAAGGGUCAAUAAGGCAGUGCAGCUUGCUCUGAGCUUGCAAAGGGCCAUUGCUGGGUCAUUGCCAGAUGUUGUGAUAAGCCCGGCCUCUCAGCGACGCAGCAGCUGUGCAUCCACGGUGGCGCCCGACGUACCAGCUGAGCACCCCCAGAUUGAGGCACCGGCGGUGGAGCACCAGAGGUACCCACUGGAUGAUAUCACCAUUCUGACAGCAUGCAAGCUACAUGUUCGAGCUAAGAAUAUAUCCGUUCAUGUAGCAUAUGGGUCAGUCCUACCACUGAAUUCUUGUACUACAAUUCAUGGAAUGCCGAUACCCCCUGGCUACACCUCCGUCACAGUUGAGCAGAUAGUUGGAACGAGCGGGGACAAUGAGAAUCUUGAACUCGAUUUUGUUGGAGGGGAUGGAGAGAAGACUUUGGGAGACGCACUCCACGAGAUUGUUCUAUGGCGCAAGGCCGACAUCAAACUUAUUGGAAACACAACGGCUCCCGUGGAUCCCCAUCGUCCGUCUUCGCAACCUCCCUCACCACCGUCUCCACAACCUCCUUCACCACCGUCACUGCCCCGUGCAAAGGGCUAUGAGUACUCCAACCCCUCCAGCACCAGAAAAAGGAAAGAAGAAGACAUCAUCCUCCCACCGACCGGACCCACAAACAAGAAGUAGAAAACGGUCAAAAAGAAAACAUGCCCGCUGAAGAAAUUAGACUACGAGAUGACCAAUGAGGAAAGGAGGGAGGAACUAGCUCAGUAUGUGAAAGAACAGUUGAAACCUAAAGUCUCAGAGAAGAGGGUACCAGUAGAUCCAGAAGUAGCAACAAAGGUUUUAGUAAAUCUGAGCAACCCACCACCACCAAAAAUAUUAUCCUCAGACUACGACUGGACACUGAUAAAGGCCCACCGACAGAGAAAUAAGAAAUGUGGAAAGACCAUUCCUCAGCUAGGCACACAACAAAAGGAACUCGAGCCCCUCCAGGCGCCGACGAUGCCAAACAUACACAUGGUGGAAUUUCUUGCCGAAACAGGAUUAAUGCUAGCACAGGCAACGGGGGCAAUGGAGGAUAUCCCAGUCGCUCCCAUUGUUGCUGUUCCAUACGAGCAUGGAAAAACCUUUUGUCACCGACGAAGAGGAGAUGAGUCUGGGCACGCUGAUGUACAAUUUGCAUAAAUGGUACCUGCAAAUGUCGAAGAACGAAAUGGUAAUGUUUGGAGUCAAGCUUCGCGACCAGGAUUUCUUCCGCGGGGAGGACGACUUUUGGGUGUACAUCAAAGUUCUACAUCACAUAUACCGUCGACAAGCCGUCGAUGUCUCUAUCAUCACCAUUUGGGUUCUUAUGGAGCUUCAAAGAUGCCAAAAAGAACAA